AUGCUGUACUUACUUGGGAAUUAUGAAAGGAACAUUACUUACAGAGUUAGAAUAAUUGCUAUCUUCAAAACAUUUCACAGCUGGAGUAUUUAUACAGUAGACACCAAGGACACACAACAAAGAAAGAUAGACCAGCUCAGAACUCCAGCACUUCUCACUCUUUCCAGGAAUGCAGCAGACAACUGGAGAAGAUUCAGACAAGAAUUUGACCUCUUUCUGAAGGCAAGUGGAGCUGUUCAGGAGGAGGAUGAACAAAAGGAUCCAGGCCUGAGAAGAAGAUUACUUGAGAAUUCCGAUUUAAACUUGGAAAAGUCAAUCAGCAUUUGCCAGGCUUCCGAACUAACACAGGCCAGACUACAAGUUUUGGAGGGAAACCAAAACUAUGCAACAGUAGACUCUCUUAGACAGCCUCACAGCAAAAAGAGUCUGCAACAACACAACAGAAUGGAAGCUUCUGGUUUAAACUGUACUAGAACUUGUCAAAGUGAAUCUGCAAAAAACUAUGUGAAUGACUGUUCAAGCUGUGGAGUUGAACAGCAAUUCAGGCAAUGCCCUGCUUUUGGAAAUACUUGCCAUAUUUGCAAAAAGCAGGCUCACUUUGCAAAAGUCUGCAGACAAGCACAAACUGUGGCUAUAAAAAACAAAGUAUCAGUGUUCUGCAAGGUGGAGAAAGCAUCAGAGCUCCUUUGCACAGAGAAGACUUUAACAUUAGCACAGUGGAGACCUUUUAUGUGGUAAGUUUGCAAGACACAACAGCUUCCAGUGACUGGACAAUUUCUCUAAACACUAAUGGGACUUUUGUUACAUACAAGCUGGAUACAGGCACUCAAGUUACAGUGAUAUCUGAGAUUAAUGUGAGAGGCCUAGAGACAAAGUCAGGUCAUAUGGAAUACAGAUUCACAGAAGACUUACAGAGGGGAGUUUCUUCUCACUCUGGAUGAGAACUAGAUGCCAUGGUAAAGGGUAACAUAGUGAAGCUAUGCUUUGCAGUGGCAGACCAAGAUUUAAUGAACACUUUCAAGAUGUCUUUAUGGGCAUAGGUAAGCUCACAACACAAUAUAAAAUUGAUCUGACUAAGCCUUAUUUUUCUGUCAUUCAUGCACCCAGGAAUGUUCCUUUGGCUCUGAGAUACAAGUUAAAGCAGGAAUUGGAUUGACCGAUAGAACGACAUAUAAUAGAAAAAGUUGAGGAACCCACACAAUUGGUUAAUUCUCUAGUCAUUGUAGGAAAAAAGGAUGGAUCCCUAAGAUUAUGUCUGGAUCCUAAAUAACUUAAUAAAUUUGUUAAAAGGGAACAUUUUCUAGUACCCACAAGAGAAGAGAUUUUUGGUCAAUUGUCAGGUGCAACAUCUUUUUCUUCUUUAGAUGCAUAUGCUGGAUUCUGGCAGAUGCCCCUGGAAAAAAAGCAGCAAACAACUGUGCACUUUCAAUACACCUUUUGGAAGACAUUGCUUUACUAGAUUGCCAUUUGGGCUGUGUUCUGCCCCUGAAGUAUUUAACAGAAAAACAACAUCAGAUGUUUGAGGGACAGAAGGUACUAGAAUCUAUACAGGUGAUAUCUUAAUCUGGGACAUUCAUUAGAAGAACACAAUCUGAGAAUACAGAAGAUUUUGGAGAGGGCUUGUGAAGCUGGUUUAAAACUCAACAGGCAAAAAUGCAGGUUUCGAGUUAAAGAAAUAACCUAUCUUGGAGAGAAGUUAACUAAACAUAAUGUCCAUAUUAAUCCCAAGAGGAUUCAAGCAGUCACAGACAUGCCAGCACCCACAGACAAGGAGGGCUUACAAAAAUUUAUGGUGAAUUUUGUUGGAAAAUUUGUUCCCAAUUCAGCUGUUCAUACAAUUACUCUCAGGAACCUAUUGAAACUGGGAUGCCAAGUUUGAGAAACUUAAACGUCUACUAAAGACAUCACCAGUUCUGCAGUUUUAUGACAGCAAAAGGCACAUCAAGGUGUCAACAGAUGUUUCUCAGCAUGGCCUUAGAGCAGUGUUGAUGGUGGAAACCUGUUGGUUAUGUGUCCAGAGUCUUAAUCAAAACAGAGCAACGGUAUGCACACAUUGAAAAAUGAGGCUUGGGCAAUAGUGUUUAUUUGUUAGAAAUUUCAUGUGUUUAUGUAUGGAAGAUCAAUUGUGGAGGAAACUGACCACAAACCAUUGGUAUUGAUAGCAAAGAAGGGGUCUGCAGAUAAACUUUCCAGAUUGCAAAGACUGCUCUUUGAAUUGCUCUGCAAUUGGAGUAUAGUCCUGGCAAACUUAGUGAUUACUGACACUUUGUCCAAAGCUUACAGUGGGACUGAGACUGAAGCAGACACUGACUCUGAUGUAGUACACGUUAAUCUGCUUAAGAAGACAUUCCCAAUCUCUGACCAGAUGUGGAUAACAAUUGCACAGGCCACAUCUCAGGACAAUAUUUUGCAACAGGUCAUCUGAGUUAUUAAUUCUGACGGGUCAAAAAUGCAUCUACCAAGUCCUUAUAGUCAUUUUAUGGAGGGCCUGUAUGUGCUAGAUGGAAUUCUGUCCUAAGGUACUAGAUUUGUAGUUCCAGCACUCUAAAGGCAGAAAUGCUGAAAUGGGAACAUGAAGGACACAUGGGCAUGGAAAAAUGCAAACAACAUGCUAGAAGUGUCCUAUGUUAGCCCAACAUGAACUCCGACAUAUAAAAAUUUAUACAAAAUGAUGGGACAUGUCAAAAAUACAGAGACUAUAAACAAAAGCAGCCUAUGAUGGUGAUCUCACUGGCCAGUGAACCAUGGCCCCAGGUAGGCACUGAUCUGUUCUUUCAUACAGGACAAAACUAUCUGUUGGUUCUGGAUUAUUAUUAUCUUUUUCCUGAAAUUGCUCUGCUAUCCAACACGACUGCCAACCAUGUCAUUUCCUGUCUAAAGUCCUUAUUUGCAAGGCAUGGCAUUCCUGCUGUUGUCAUGUCAUAUAAGUCACUGCAGUUUGCCUGUUGUGACUUUACAGCAUUUGCAAAGCUGUAUGAUUUCAAGCAUAUUACUUCCAGUCCCAGAUAUUUGCAAUCUAAUAGGCUCAUGGCGAAUGAUGUCAAGAUCAUUAAAGAGCUGCUUAAGAAAGCAGAGGAUUCAAAUGCAGAUCCUCAUCUGGCUCUAUUGAAUUAUAGGGCUACUCCUUUGAAAAUGGAGUUACCUUCUGCUGAACUGUUUGGAAGAAAAUUAAGAACAAGAUUGCCUUCCUUCCUGGACAUAGAUAAUAAAACCAAAGAUGUUGUAAAUGCAUG